UACGCGUUGGCCGAUAAGUUCCAGAUCGAAUCGAGAAAACCAUCAUAUCAUGAGAAUGAGAAUGAGAAAUAAGCGAAACUGGCUUCGGAAGGUUUGAAUCUCCCGAUUUAGGCUUCGAGGGCGAUGUUCAACAACCUCCGUGUGUUUAUCUCCUUUCCGUCACCGAAGGUUCGGCACGAGGGAAUGUCUUGCGGAUAUUGUGAUAGAAGAGCCAUGAGUAACGGGCCGAAGGUUGGACAAGGCGAGAUGCGAUCGACGGAAGAGCGGUGCGUUUAUUUUGUUUCUACUCCUGUUUCUAAAGGAUUCGUGCAACAUGAUAAGUUGUCAUGUCAUAUCAUGCAUGAACACUUCUUGUGUGAACAGGAGAAUCCGCUGUGGCUAUUGAAAGAGGAAACUCCUGUUGGUUUGUGUUUAUUCAAUAAUAAUAGCUGCAACAGUAUAUGAUUUGAAUCCUUGCGACUUGACUUGUCAUGUAUGAGCCUGUCUGUGCCAGAGAGGGCAUCAUGGGCCGUGGUUCAACUCAACAGCUCCACAUGAUCCCCGCUGGAAGCAUUCCCCGUUUACGAGUACGCAGAUCUU